AGAUAUUCAAUUGAAAAAUUUAAUGCAUGUUUAGAAUUAACCGAAGAAAAGUUUGCUAAACACUGGCUAUCCUAUGAACAACUUGUUAACUAAACUAAAUACUGAUUAUAUACAUUUAUCUGAUCUUGAUUAUCAAAACAUACAUAUGUCUUGAUAUACAUUAAUAUUGUGCUGUCAUCCUAUGACACAUGGGCUCCAAGGUGCCUUCUAUGAUGAUUGCUUUGUUUGUGUGGCUUCUCUGGGCAGAUGGAUGUAUUCUUAAAAUGUUUGUUAAUUUAUGUGUAUAUGUUUGUUUUUUAUGUUGGUAUAUUGUAAAAUAUUGCUUGUUAGUUAUGUAUACUUAUAUUGUUAUGAAUCUGUAAAAAAAUCAUCUAUCCCUUAUGUCUCCUCGUAGUCUGGAUACUCUAUACCUACUUGAAAAUGUGUGUGAAUAGACAUGUUUUCCUUCCCUGAUUUGGUAUUUGUAUAUGUGAAGAUAAUAUAUGGGUGAGCUAUGCGUCAGAUGUAGCUUAUGUCAUAAAUGUAUAGAUAAGUAUAAGUUCAGUGUACAGCUGAAAUGUGCGAACUGCCUGAAAUAUGUGUUAUUUAUUGAUAGAUGUUGAAAGCUAUCGGUAUUUGUGUAGGCUACAACUAAAAGACAAACCACUACAACCUAUACUGUUACUAGCAUCAGGUUUCAUAGGGUAGGGCAUGAUGAGAUGGAGGAAAGAUUUGUGUAGAUUGUCAGAGAUAUGUUUGUUGAUCUAUUUAUGUAAAUUGAUGUGUGCGGUAGUUUUUGUUAUGUUUUGUAUAUGUAUUGUUUAAUAUAAUAUAUAUACAGUGUCAGUGAGCUUAGUAUACAAGUAGCCUCCCCUUGACAUCAACGUGUUACACAAUUACAGUCUAGUCACACACAACACACACAUACUCUGAACACGUGACUUUAUUGUCAAUUAAAGUGAUAUUUCUGUUCAUGAAACUUCAUAAAAUACUUUGACAGGAAUUGAACACUUGUGAUGUUUGUGACUCGACGACCUUUGAUCAGCGGGAAGCUUUGUGUGACGGUAACUAUAGCAACACUCAUGUCUGUCACAGGUCAUACUUCCACACUGUGUGUGACAAGCUGCUGACACAAGUUCCUGAUCUCCAUCUGUGGCCGGCAAGUUGUUACCAUGAAGACACACCCGACGGCUGGCAAGUGGAACAUUUAACCAGACCCCUCCGCUCUCCACCGGCCGUCGUCAGGGAAGUCGAGCAGGAUACGUUUAUCACUAAACACCGUGAUGUCAUGCCGUACAGUGAGCGAGGUGUACCCGACGACACAGACGGCCCGCCAGUCACACGACUGUAUCACCGAGGUCAAGGUCACUCAGGUCGCUGGCCAGGUGACUGUGUGACGUGCGGUCGUGACGUGGCCAGCUUCCUACACAGUCUCCGUGUUGGUGUUACAGAAAAUGUCACGACAACAGCCACGAGCGUCACCUCCACCAACGGCGGCACAACACCGCCCUGCCUGCAGUGGAGAGACGUGCUGGUGUUGGACUGGUGUGACGUUAGUGACGACUCGGGUAUGGUGAAGGGACUGAAAGGAGCGGGUAUCCCAGUGCAGGUGAUGAAGGACGAUGACAUGGAAGACGUUGCAACGGCCCACAGUGACGUGGUGUGCGUGACGAGUGGAGAUCGUGUUUGUGGUCUGGAGAGAAAAGUUGUUGUCUGUCUGAAUGAUCUAGUUACAACCCGGAUGUUCUCCAUGUCGCGCUGUACGUCACAACUUUUGAUUGUAUCAAAAAGAAGAGUAUCUGACGUCAUCACACAUUGACGUCAUGGACAUGUGGUCUAUGAUAUUAUUAUCUACACAUGUUGCGUACGACACAU